AUGAAGCUCCCACUGGUCGGCAAUAAGAAGAAGAGGCGCUCCUCUAUGGAUCAGACGAGUCGCCGCCACAGUGUAACGAGCACUAGUCUGCGCAACUCGGAUACUUGCUUGGACUAUGUACACGUGGUAACUGCACGCAACUCAGGAGGAUCAGGUCCUUUUGGUCCCGGGAGCUUUGCCGUCCACGACAACGGCAAUGGGAGUAUCUUAAGCAGCCACGGACAUGCUUAUCUCCCCCACGCUAUGUAUGGUGGAGGAGACGAUGGCGUAAGUGCCCUGAGCAGUGGCUUCACCAAGGGCCGCGAUUCUUCUGGCUUUAGUUUAGGCGUGGAUUCCUCGUGGGAAAAGCCGCGGGAAAACCCCACUGAUGUCAUUGAGCCCCGCUCGGAAAACUUUCGUAGAUCGAUGGAGCUUUCGCAGAGUGUCAGUCAACGACGGUCUACUACUAGUACAUCAGGUACAAGUUGCAUGAGACUGAACAAACUCAAGUUGGACUUACACGCUGAUCAGAGACUUUAUGGAAGAGACGCACAGGUUCAAAAGCUCCGAGACGCCUUUCAAAACACACGAAAUACACGUAGUAGACAGCUCGUCGAGAUUUCAGGAGUUUCCGGUUCGGGCAAAUCAGCACUAGCCUAUCAGUUACGCAAGCUAGUCCGGCAAAAGGGAGGAUUCUUCCUUAGUGGCAAGUAUGAGCAACAGAACCAAUGCUGCACAUCCAUUACGGGCACUUCCCGUGGCACGGUCCAUAGCUAUAACAGCAAUGCAGUAGAACCUUAUGCAGCCUUUACCAUGGCUUGCAGAGAGCUUUGCGAUGCUCUACUUGCUCAUAAGGAGAAUCCCAUGCACCAGGGAGACAAGUGGCAGUUCUCCUUUCAAGAUGUCCAAGCUAAACUCCAGCAAGAACUGGAUACGGAAACCUUGCAAGUACUGACCACCGUCUUUCCGGAUCUGCUUCAAAUUGUGGGGGGCUCCUAUCUUCCCGCAGAUACUACUGCACCAAAACAAGACCAUCCAUCAAGUCACCACGAGUCCAACAGCCAUGUUAAUAAUUCGACGAGAUCGGUCAUGUCCACAGCAACAGCCACCCAAAACGAUUCCUACUCGGUCAGCAUGGGAUACAAUGAGGCCAAAAAUAGAUUCAAUUUUGCCAUUCGAAAACUACUCCAUAUCAUUGCAUCCUUUGGACGCGUAUGCUUGUUCCUCGAUGAUUGUCAUUGGGCCGAUGCGGCCUCACUCGAUCUCAUUCAAAACAUUGUCACUGAACCCAAUACCAACACGGCUAAUCAUGCAGGUACAGGUUGUGGCAAUGAAUAUAUUCAGAACGGGGUCUUGAUCUUGGUCAGCUACCGCACCGAACAAGUUACAGAGGAACAUCCACUCAAACAAACAUUAAUGGUCAUUCAAGAACACUGCAAAAAUAGCAAGAAUCCAAACUCCUUCACCAUCAUCACACAACAACUACAAGUCCAAAACUUGGAUCGAAAUCAAGUCAACGAGCUACUCGCGGAUGUCCUCUCGGCCAAUAAUUCAUCAACACAACAACAAGAAACCAUGCCCCUGGCUGAUUGCAUUCAUCGCAAGACAGAAGGAAACCCACUGUAUGUCAUUCAGCUACUCAAGUCAUUGGCCAGCAAGCAACUGACCGAUACGCCCCUUCUCACAUUCAACUUGGAAAAACUCCAAUGGGAAUGGGACUUGGAACAAAUUGAGGUCCGAGAACGAGCCUCGGAAAAUGUAGUCGAAAUGAUUGGAGCUAAGCUACAGAAUCUACCCGAUGGAAUACGGCGGCUCUUGCCCGUCGUGGCUUGUCUCGGGGCAUCCUUUGAAGUCUCCAUUCUCGAACGAGUCGUACCUCAUUUUAACCAGCUCCUCAGUAACAAUACCGGUAGGAGAAAUAGGAGUCGUUCCAACGUUACAACCAACACCGAAAUGCCCACUCCCGACGAAAACGAAAACACGGACGAUAGUACUGUUCCACCGGACGUCUUUUUGAAGCGAUGCGUGGCAGAAGGAAUUCUGUACAAACAAAACGACAAGAUCAAAUGGGAGCAUGACAAAAUUCAGGAAGCGGCAUAUGCGCUAUUGGAGGAGAGAGAACUCGUGGACCGAAGGCUCCAGCUGGGGCGCUUUCUCAUGGCCGAGUACGGACAGGCAGACUUGGAUCGAUACGUGUUCAUUCUGGCGGGGCUCUUGGAUUGUGAUACGGACCAUUUGCCUGUGGGAGAAGAUAAUCGGCUCAUACUGGCGGACCUCAACUGGAAAGCUGGCGUCAAGGCCAUGAAGUCAGCCGCCUAUGUCAGUGCGGUCAUGUAUCUGGACAGAGGCAUGAGAUUGCUACCCACCAACGAUCCAUGGCACUGUCAUUACGAGUUGAGCUUGGAACUCUACUCGUCGGCCGCGCAAGCACACUUUUGCGUCGGGGAUUUGGACAAGGCACGCAUCUGCUGUGAACAUGUGUGUUGGGCCAUGCCUGGCCGGCCUAUCCUGGACAAGCAACGUGCCUACAAUGUGUGGAUGGAAACAAUCAAUGCCCAAGGUCACACGGAAGAAGCCAUGGAAAAGUGUAUAGAAGUCCUCGCACAGCUAGGACUGAAAUUCCCAAAGUAUGGAUGGACCAUGCAUAUCAUGGCAUCUAUGCUCAAAACCGAGCUCUCCGUACAGACAUUGGAAAAGCGCAUUCUAGAACUCCCAGUCAUGACUGAUCCAUCCCGGAAAUGGGCCAUGCAGUUGCUCGAUAUGCUCAGCACAUACAGCUAUCAAUGCCAGUCCAGCAUGUUCCCUCUUGUCAUCUUAAAAAGUUUCCAAUACACCAUCAAGCAUGGAAUUUGUGACUACACGCCUCCGAUGUUGUGUACGACGGGGAUGCUUAUGGCAGCCGUAUUCUCCGACCUGCAAGGGUGCAGCAAAUUUGGAAAAGCGGCGUUGGCGCUUUACGACCGCGACGAAAUCAGUCAAUCAACCAAGUCUCGAACACUUUUCAUCGCAGCCGGCUUUACUCUGCACUGGCGAACCCCCCCAUCCCAUAUCCGCUUGUAUUUCUUGGAGGGAUACAAAGUGGGUAUGGCGUGUGGCGAUGCAGUUAACGCCUUGUGGUCCAUCUUUUGCUAUCUCGAAUCGGGAUUCCACAUGGGUGUGCCACUUGGGAUCUUGGAGAAGGAUUGCCUGGCAUACGUCCAGCAAAUGGUGGAUCUCAAGCAGGACAAGAUAUCCUUGCCGACAAGGGCAGUGUGGCAAAUGAUACUGACCAUGCGUGGCCGUCCGGAGGAUUGGGCUCCACUCCUGAGAAUUGCAGAACGCGCCGAUACCGACGGAAACUCGAAGAGCCACAUUGAACGAUUGCAUUUGCACAGCACAUUCUGGGCUGGCGACUACCAAAAGACGGUCAAACUGAUCGAAAAGCACAACGUUUACAAGGGAGAGUUUGACAAGAUCUUCCACGGAGCUCACGCGAUGCCUUCACUGCAUAUGAAUUGCGCCGUGGCAUUCUUUGCCUUGUAUGCUGAAACGAAGAAGAACAAGUACAAGCAAAUGGCCGCUUUUCAUUCUAAAAAGAUCAAGGCAUGGUCCAAGAAUGGCAAUCCAAACAUUUGCCGGUAUUUCUGCUUUGUCAGAGCAGAGCAAGCAGCACUCGAUAAGAACCCGUUUCCUGAGGCGGUCAAGCUAUUCAAAGAAGCCAUCCUCCUUUCAGAGCAACAGAGCGUCCCCCAUGAUCGAGCUCUGGCGCAUGAACGUCUUGCCGCCUUGUACAUCCGCCAUGGCUUGACAAGCGAUGCCCAGAAUCAUCUCAAAGAAGCAGCUGCGCUCUUCAACAAUUGGGGCUCUCCCAGCCGAAGCAGGGCAGUCUACAACCCCGAGGAGUAUGCCAGCGAAUCGAAUGAAGUGACGUUUGCUACGUCGCCAGCGAUAGUUCCCGAGACGCGCGCACAAGCCAUUCUCUCCAGUGGCUAG